AAUAUCUAAUAAGUAGUGCCCACAUUUUUAACACACUCCACUCUCAGCAAAAUUAGCAAUCUCCGAAGUUUUCAGCAAUGGCGGCUUCAUCAACUCUUUCCAGUUCCAUCACCACCUUCAAACUGUCCCCGUGCCAACCACGCGCCUCCUCUAUUUCCGCCUCCGUCAAACUCCCUUCAAUUUCCUCCAAUAACCCUUUCAAUCCUUUAAUUUCUCAUUUUGGCCCAACUCCCAAAAACCCCACCGUCGCACCCCUCCGUUGUUCCGCUGCCUCCACCACACCAGAAACCACCACCACGACCGCCACAGCAUUCCACGGCCUUUGCUACGUCGUCGGGGACAACAUCGACACUGACCAAAUCAUCCCCGCAGAAUACCUAACCCUAGUCCCGUCAAACCCAGACGAGUACAAAAAACUCGGGUCCUACGCGUUGUGCGGACUCCCUUCAUCGUACCAAACCCGUUUCGUCGACCCGGAUGAAUUCACAUCCAAGUACUCCAUCAUCAUAGGCGGCGACAACUUCGGGUGCGGGUCGUCGCGGGAGCACGCGCCGGUUGCUUUAGGAGCUGCGGGCGUGGCGGCGGUGGUGGCGGAGUCGUACGCGAGGAUAUUCUUCAGGAACUCGGUUGCGACUGGCGAAGUUUAUCCGCUUGAAUCGGAAGUGAGGAUUUGUGAGGAGUGUAAGACGGGUGAUGUGGUGACUGUUGAACUAGGAGAGAGUAGGUUGAUUAAUCAUACGACUGGGAAAGAGUAUAAAUUGAAGCCAAUUGGUGAUGCUGGUCCCGUCAUUGAAGCUGGUGGCAUUUUUGCUUAUGCAAGAAAGGCUGGAAUGAUUCCUUCCCGAGAUGCUUAGUUUUUCAAAGUGGUAAUUGAUUCGGUUCACAUAUUUUCUUUUAAUGUUUUGUACUUUAGGCUUGCUGAAUACAGAUGAUUGCAUAAUAAAUAUGGUGUUUGUUGUAUUAUUUGGAGAAAAAAAUCAGCACCUUUAAAAAGGUGUCUUGUGUUCUGUUAUGCCUAUUUCAGUAUAAUGGAUAAACAACAUCUGAAUUCCAAAAUAGUUGGGUUGACUGUAUGAUCCAAAAUAGUUCUGUUA